AUGGCAGCCAAUACAGCCGGCGGCACCCCUUUCUCCGCCGCAAGCACAACCCUCGUCGCUCGAACACCACUGCGCAAUGAUGAACCGCCCCGACCAGUUCCCUCCACCGCCGUCUCCACCACCGGAUUCGCAGUUCGGCAUCGACGCCUCCGCGGAGGAAGAGUCGCGGCGGCGGCGGACGGAGCUUUGGUGUGCAGAGCGGCGGCAUCGGCGGGAGGCAAUCGAGCAGCGGGAGCGUCAGCAACGGGAGACCCCGCAGCUGAGGAGAACGCGGCGCUGGCGGACACCAUUGCGGCGUUCGACGCCGCCACGGCGGAAGAGGCGCGGCGGCGCCGGACGGAGGAGAUGGCCGAGCGGUGGUGUGCAGAGCGGCAGCGCCAGCGCAUGGAGUGGGAGCUCCAGUACCGUGAACGGCAGGAGGCGAUCGAGCGGCAGGAGGCGGUGGAGCACGAGGCGGCGGAUCAACAACGAGCGAUCGUCGAGUCCUUCGAGUCGGAGAAGAAACUUCAGGACAAUGCACGUGCCCGCGAAGAGGCGCGGAUUCGCCGCGUCGUCGAGCUCUCCCUCCAGGCGGCGCAGCAGGGGAGGGCAGGCGACGACGCGCUGCUGGAGCAGCGGCGUCUGCUCACCGCCCUACGCUUGGAGAGGCGGCGCGUGUAG